AUUAUCGUUCGCUUAUCCGGAGAUGCUCAAGGGGUGUUACCUGAAGAUGUUCGAGGAGAAGUCCACCGCCACUGUGCAGGUCAUGCUGCGGCGGGUCAAUAAGAAGCCCAUGAAGAGUGUCUAGCUACGGUAAAAUCGCUGCACACAUCACAGAUGAGCACAGGCACAGUGGCUCCUUCCGAGCUGGGAGCAUGCUCUUCACACGCACACAGGAGGAUAAGCUGAUAUGCUCCAACUCCAACUCGUCGGUUGAGGUUCCACUGGCGAGGUCUGAUGUUGAGGUGCCAUCUGUUUGGGAACUUCACAUAAAGCUUGACCUGUAUAUUGAAAUUCCCAACGGCAACAAUGAGAAACUCAAGCAUUUUGAUGUUACUCUCACCUUGGGUAAAAAAAAUACGAGUACAAAGUUACAGCCAAAAGGCACCGGCAUCGAAGUUGAAGUGAAGCCCACCUGGUGCCACAACCAAGAACAGUUAAGGCCUCAACUGACUAGCCCAGUGCAGAUCGAGCGGACAGCUGGGCAUCAACUUGAAGUAGUGUCCACCAUUGGAGAUGAUGUAAUGUCGUUCACUGAAUUCGUAAUGGCUCAACGUCGCAUCCUGGCUGACCAUCCAGGUCAGGAGGAUAUCUUGGAUGGACACCACUUCUUAAAUCGUCAUUCCACCCGAGAACACCCACUGCUCCCCAAGUAUGACAUACAACCAGAAAGGUGGCUUCACGUCAAGCUAAAAGCGGUGGAUCCGAAAAACAAGACGUCAUCAUGGACAACCACCCUAGUCAUGCGGAGUGCUAACUUGUACGUCCAGGGCUUCAUUAGCCAGAAAGGGGUUCUGCACAAGCUUCUUGACAAGAAAAACUGCGGAUCAGUGAUCCCAGAAGAUUACCAUCAUCCCUUAGAAGAUCUAUUUUUGGCGUCAGUUACCCAAGAUUACGGGGAGGGGAAGCCAAAGAACAUGAAGCAAAAUGUGCUGAAAUCGCCAAAAAACUGA